AUGGAACAUAAUAUUAUAGGAGAUUAUAUAUAUAGAUAUUUUUCAGAUUUAGAUGAAUAAAUAUAAAAUUUAUUAGCAAAUAUAGAUUAGAUCACAUAAUUAUUAAAUUCAAUUGAGAGAUUAAAUUUAAAAACUAUGUAGGAUUAACUUGAAGUAUUAUUAUGUUUUAUAAAUACAAUUUAAGGGCAUUAAAUAGAAGGAAAAACUGCAUUAAUGGCCCAGAAACAUAAAGCAAUAAUUUCUGAUUUGCUUAAUUAAUUUGAGUAAACAGUUGAGGAUUCAAAAAUAAAAAAGGAUAAAAUAUAAAAAUAGCCAGCAAAUCAAUUCAAAAUGGCUAAUGCUAAACAAGUUUUAUAUGAUGAUGAUUUAAGAGAAGAAAUAAUUAUAUAAUUUGAAAUUGCAAAUCCAUACAAACUUUCAACAAGUGAUCUACCUAAACGAAAGCCUAAAUUGAUCAAUUUAAAUCAAAUAAAGUCUCAAGCUAAUUAAAUCACUGUUAAUGAAUUAUAAGAAGCAGAAGAAUUUAUUAAUGGAAAUAUUGAAAAAGAUUACGAUAAUAACAAAAGUAGAAAAAUUAUGAUAAAAAAGAAAAUACAUGAUUUGAUUAAGCAUAAAGAGAUUUAUUAUAUGAAAGAGAAUUUGAUAAACUUGAAGAAAGUUCAAAUGCAAAAUCGAAAGAAGAAAUGA